GGCGCGCCUGCGCGGUGAGGCGCCGGGCCCUGCCCGCUAUAUGAGCUCGGGCAGGCGCUGACUCGGCCCUUUCCGCCUCGCUCCCGCCCGCUCUCGGGUCGCUGCGCAGAGACCCGCGCCGCCGCCGCCAUGAUCAUCUACCGGGACUGCAUCAGCCAGGACGAGAUGUUCUCCGACAUCUACAAGAUCCGGGAGGUGGCGAACGGCCUGUGCCUGGAAGUGGAGGGGAAGAUGGUCACCAGGACAGAGGGUCAAAUUGAUGACUCUCUAAUUGGUGGCAAUGCCUCUGCUGAAGGUCCUGAGGGAGAUGGAACAGAAGCCACGGUCAUAACUGGUGUUGAUAUAGUAAUAAACCACCACCUCCAAGAGACCAGCUUUACAAAAGAAUCCUACAAGAAGUACAUCAAGGACUACAUGAAAGCGAUCAAAGCCAGACUUGAGGAACAUAAGCCAGAGAGAGUAAAGCCUUUCAUGACAGGGGCUGCAGAACAAAUCAAACACAUCCUCGCUAACUUCAAAAACUACCAGUUCUUUGUAGGAGAGAACAUGAAUCCAGAUGGUAUGGUGGCCCUCCUGGACUUCCGUGAGGAUGGUGUGACCCCAUAUAUGAUUUUCUUUAAGGAUGGCUUAGAAAUUGAGAAAUGUUAACAAAUCAAACAGUAUGGUUUUUGGAUCACCUGUCUUCAUAGCUGGCUGCUGUUUCUUCUUCAUCGGCACAACACCAGGAAUUGGCAAUGUCUAACAACUGGACUGAUGUCAUCUUGAGCUUUAUUCACUUAUUUUGACCCUGAUUUGGAGUGAAGGCAUUGUUUUAAAAAGAAAAAAAACAUCUGUCAUGUAGGUUGUCUAAAAUAAAACUCAUUUAAACCCA